GGAGACAAUGCGAUCCCAGCCCCGCGCUGAGCUUGCCAUGGCGAAGGCGCGCCCCCCGCCCACUCCCUUUGCCGCCUCCUCCUCCUCCUCUUGGUGCUGCUGCUGGGGGUGAGCCCCUUUCCCUGGAUCCAAAAGCUCUCUCCAUCCACAUCUCCGCUUUGGGGGAGACCCUUGAACGGACCCCCGCCCCUAAAAGAAGUCCCAACCCUUCCUCUUCUGGGGCAGCAGGGACUAGUGGAUGGAAUCGCCCUGGGCGAGACCAUGGCCAACAUCUCCUCUUUUGGCAAGUACACUCAUGCGAUUGUCCGGUGCAUCCCCUCCUCAUUUGGUACAGCAGAGACUUCAGCGGAUGGGUCCGACAGUGGAGCUGAGCCGGUGGAUCUGGCAAAGGCUCACCGGCAAUACGGUGUCUACACGGGCAUCCUGCGUCAGAAGCUAGGGCUGCAAGUUAUUGAGCUGGGUGCGGAUGAGGCCCUGCCCUAUUCCACAUUGGUGGGGGAUCUGGCGGUGAUACAAGGAGACACUGCGCUGCUCACUCGGCCGUGGAUACCUUCCCGGCGAGAUGAGAUCUGCAGUGUCAAGAAAGUCUUGGAGGAGCUAAAGCUGCGUGUGGUUGAGGUUACGGAUGAGGGAGCCACUUUGGACGGGAGUGAUGUCCUUUUCACAGGUAGAGAGUUCUUUGUGGGCAUAUCCAAGUGGACUAAUCACAGAGGAGCAGAGAUGGUUGCGGAUGCUUUCAGGGAUUUUGCUGUGUCUACCGUUCCUGUCUCAGGCACAUUGCAUCUUCGCAGCUUCUGCAGCAUGGCUGGGUCUGACACGGUUGUGAUUGGCAGCAGUGAUGUGGCCAAGAAAGCCAUGAAGACCAUGGAGCAAUUAACAGACCACCACUAUGAAACGCUGACAGUGCCUGAUGACCCAGCUGCCAACUGCAUCUAUGCUCGGCUGGGCCAGAAAAGCAGUGUCCUCCUGCAUCGCAGUACAGAGGAAUACCCCAACAGUGUGCAGCCCUUCCAGAAACUUCCAGACUACACUCUCAUCCCUGCUGCAUGCACCGAGGUAGCCAAACACGGGGGGACUCUCAGUUCCUGCUCUCUUCUGAUCAACAAGAAGCUGGAGAUCUAGUGCCUCUUUGAACCCCAUGGAAAGCUGGGUCCCUGACGGUCAACCCCAUUUUCCUCCGUUCCUAUGUGCAGAGUGACAUCCCUGCGUCUCUCAGCUUCUUUGUGAGCCAAGAACACCACCCGCGCUCCCAAAUGUGCUAAUUUGGCCAGCCUUCAAUUUUGCAGAUGUUUCUUUUUCUAUUUGCAUUGGACCUUCCCUGCAGCCUUAGCCGUCUCCAUGUCCUGGCUCUGGUUGCGACUGUGAAUGACUGUCACCCUAGAAAUGUGUGAAGAAAAACCCUAGUGAGAAACCAGAGGCCAUUGCUCAUCAGUGAGCCAUAUUAGCAAGGGUUGCUGAAGUGUUAUUAAUUCAUUCAGCACCAUUAACAGUAGCAUUGCUUUUCUCUCUUUAUUUCUGAUUAUAUCUGGGGGAAUCAUUUAGGAAGGUACAAGAGGAAUGGAUAUAAUCCAUCAUGGAAUUGCAAACCCUAAAUGGUGACCAAAAUAGGUCCAUUCUUCCCACGUUUACACAGGAGAGCAGAUGAUGUUCUAGUAUUGGAGGCCUCCAAUGGUGGUCUACAACUGUUUUGGUGGGUAGGCCAAUAUUGUCUUGUUUCCCAGUUGGACAAUGCCAAUACUAUGGAUAUAGGAUUACUUGGAGACUUCUCUGUUUGUACAGCAACCAACCCUAAUGUUGGAUGCGUCUUGCUAUAUACAGAAAGAUGUCACUAGUGCAUUGUGUAUGUCUUACCCUAGGAUCUUCUGUGACUUGGUUCUAGAAGUAUUCUUAAAGCAGAACAGGCUAGAGUAACCAGUGGUGGAGAUGAUAAAAGUCCUGUGGGUCACAUAUUCCCCAUUCUCCAACUUUAACUGUCUAUCUUAUAUGGUCCCUAUGGUCUGCUACAUUCAUUUCUAUGGUGCUGCAGGUUGGAAAGGGGGAGUUCAGGUAGAUUCAUUGGCCCCCUCCUCCUUCAACCCAAACUCGAACGACUGCUUUCCCACUGCCGCCGCAACGGAUGACCUCUCUGCAUAUCUUCAGGGUCGAAGCAGCCACCGAGGAACAGCUUUGGAGGAAUACGGCACUUGUGAAGGCUGCUGCUUCCUCUCCCAAGGCACCGUGUACGUGUUUUGUGUAACUGUAGUUACUUAGAGGGCGUUUGUAGGAGUGAAAGGCGUAGAGGGAGUGCCCUCUGUUGGGGAGUAGGCGUAAUGACAGGAUGUAGGACUUGUGUAGAUCACUCACUGCCUCUUUAACCUCUUGUGAAAUUUGGAAAAUUAAAAAAAGACUGAACCAAAACAUGA